AUGACAACCAUCACAGUACUCGCUGAUGAUAACAACAGUCAAUCAACUAUCACUCUCAAUCCAAGUCAUACAAUUGCCAAUAUAGACCCGUUGAUCUAUGGAGGAUUCACGGAGCAUAUGGGCCGCUGCAUCUAUGGAGGGUUGUAUGAACCAGAUAACAAUCACGGGCUGGUCAACUCGAAGGGCUUUCGAAUCGAUGUGAUUGAUUGUUUCAAGGAAUUGAAUGUACCGGUCGUGCGAUACCCAGGCGGCAAUUUCGUGGCUACUUACCGAUGGCAAGAUGGCAUUGGCCCGAAAGACAAGCGACCAUCACGUCCAGAACUAGCUUGGAAUGGCAUUGAGACCAACCAAUUUGGAACUGACGAGUUCAUGGACUGGUGCAAAGAGGUCGGUACGGAACCAUAUUUGUGCCUGAAUAUGGGUACUGGCACUUUGGAGGAUGCGUUGGCCUGGCUCGAGUAUUGUAAUGGCAACAAGGAUACGUACUAUGCAAACCAGAGACGCAAAAACGGUCAUACUGAACCGUAUAAUGUGAAAUAUUGGGCUUUGGGCAAUGAGAUGUGGGGGCCAUGGCAGGUCGAACAGCAUACGAAAGAGGAUUAUGCCAAGAAGGCUAUCCAAUGGGCAAAAGCUUUAAAACUUCUAGACCCUUCCAUUCAGUUGGUCUCUUGUGGCCAGGAUGGCUGCUCAGACUGGGAUCGAUAUGUGAUACAAGAGUGCCAUAGCUGGGUCGACAUGCAUUCUAUACAUUUUUACUCUGCCGGAGAAAGCCAUUAUCGAAACAUAUCCAGCCCAUAUGCUGCCGAACGUGCUAUCCAAGUGACUUCAGCCCUGAUUGAUCUAGCACGAUGUGAAAUCGACUAUUCCCCCUGGCCUAACACCGCCAGAAUAUACACAGGACCAAGAGGCAAGCGCCGCCCGAAAAUUUGUUUUGAUGAAUGGAACAUCUGGGAUGCGGAGAGAGCACCGGGCGAUAAGGGUGCUGAAGAGCAAUAUACCCUUUCUGAUGCCCUUGCCAUGGGAACAUGGCUCAAUAUUUUUAUUAGAAACUGCAAGGAGCUCGGAAUGGCUACUAUUGCCCAAAGCGUGAAUGUCAUUUCACCUUUAAUGACCUCGUCUACCGGGCUAUUCAAGCAGACAACAUAUUGGCCGCUGCUACUAUUUUCCAAAUUCAUGAGGGGUCAAGCUAUUGCAGUACAUGUUCAAUGUGCGGCAUACAAGGGAGAAACAAGACCGGAAUGGAUUCAAUCAACAUGCACUAUUCCGAAGCUCGAUGUUAGUGCAGCAACUGACGGCGAAUGGGUCAACCUUGCGGUGGUUAAUGUGGACGAAAACAGUAACUUUGAGACGGAAUUGACAGUUCUGGGGUCGCAAUCAGAAGUUGAGGUUUUUAUCGUGGGGGGAGAGUCGCAUCAAUUGACGGACUUCAACAGUCAGGGCAAAGAAGUGGUCAAGAUCCAGGAAACGGUCUGGAGACCUGAGGGAUCGACAAAAUUCACUUUUCAGAAACACAGCUUCACUCUUUUGCGUUGGAAGAUGUAG